CAGACGAAGCUGAGCUGACGGCGAAUUGAUCUUGUUUGGCCUCGUGCUUUCCACCCCAGCCAUCAGCAUCAAAUUGACUGCAUCCGCUGUUGAUGCCUGAUCAGACAAGACGCAGGCCAGCAGACAAGCCCUUCUUCUCGAUUCCAGAUUAUUCUUGCUCGACUCUUCUUUCCUCCGUCUCGGGUCUGACUGAGCUAGUCGCCAUCUCGAGUCCGCUAACGAAAGGCUCGUGCUGUGCCGGCACCCGACGCGCUCGUUCGAUGCACCUGAGAUUUCUUCGCCGCCCCCCGGCUCCGCUGAAGUUCCUGGCCCCGACCCCCUGAGCCGCAGCCGUCAUCGCUGUCAAACUCACUUUUAUCGCUUUGCCCCAGUGUGCAACCCGAAACCGCAAUAUCGCAUUUACACCUGCCCCCAGCAAACACCGGACCAAGGCGAUCGCUGCCUGUCUGGCUCUGGCCCACGACGCUCUCACUCCAAUCUCACUCCUUCCUCAAGCCCCGUCGCCACCCAGGGGGGGAAAAAAGCAGAAGAACAAAAAUAAAACACAAAGCCACGGCAGCCGGGGCAGACGCACUCUCGAGUCACCCGCGGCAGCCUUGCGCGUCUCGGAGAAAAUGGCCGCCCCAAGCAACACGGGCAAGGCCGGCAUCAUUGUUGCCCCGGACGAUGCCGGCAGCAUGGACAAGCUUGCACACUCGGUGCUCGACGACAUGCUCCACAACAUCAUCUCGGACCUGCUCCUUAAAGUCCAUCGCGACGAGAAACAGGCCAGGGCCACGACCGCCGCGAUUCGCAUAGAGAAGCUGGCUUCCGACACCGCCGACCCCAAUGCGAACGAUACGAGGCCCGACCUGCGUGUCGAGACGGAUGCGGCCAUCUACGACCACGGCAAGGUGCUGCUCAAGGGCAACCCGCUUAAGACGACCAAGGACAUACUGUGCCCGCGCUGCAACCUCCCGAGGCUCCUCUACCCUACCGACGGAAAAGGCUCCAGGAAACCGGACCCGACCAUCAUCUACUGCAAGAAACACCCAUACAUUGAGAAGCCCGGCUUCGACAUUUACGGCCAGACAUGGGUGCCGCCAGGUCCGGGCAGGGGCAAGAAGAAGAAGGACAUGGAGAAGAAGGACGGAGAUUCACAGGGCGAGGGUGCAGACGGUAAGAGCGGCGCUGCUGCUAGGCCACCAAACGUGCUCUCCUUCCCCUCGGCCACGUGCAGCAAAUGCAAGCGCUGUAUUCUGGUGACGCGCUUGAACAACCACAUGGGCUCGUGCAUCGGCAACAGCGGGCGUAACGCGAGCCGGGCUGCGGCCGAGAAGAUGAAGAACGGCGGCAACGGGGAUGGUUCUGGCACGCCGCCCUCGAGCCAGAAGGGCACGCCACUCCCGGCCUCACGCGCCAGCAGCCCGCGCAAGCGCGAUGGCGAUGAAAUGAUGGCCGGUGGCGCAGACGACGCGAACGGCAAGGGUGGCGGCUCUAAGCACAGCGCCAAGAACAGCAGCAACAAGGACAGCGACGACGAGGAGGAGGACGCGAACCCAAAGAAGAAGAAGCUAAAGCCAAGUCCCGCCGUCGCGGCCGUGACCAAGAAGGUAAUCCUCAAAACUAAGGGCCCUAAGAAGGAGAAGGUCAAGACGAGCUCGCUGCUUUCCAACGAGUCCAAACCCGACGACGCCGACGCCAAGGAGGGUGGCCACAAGGAGACACAGGUGCCGCCGCCCACAAUACCGGCCCCGACAUCGACCACGCCCAUCGUGCCGCCCAAGAAGAAGAUGUCGACCAGCAAGAUCCCGUCUCCAGCCAAGAAACUCAAGCUCAAUGGGCCCAAGACUGCGCUGGGGGCUGUGGCGGCCGUCGCCAAGCCGCCCAAGGCAGUCGGCAAAGAUGCCGACGCUGGAUCCGAGUCGUCCGGCACGCUCUCCUCUCCCCCGAGACCGUAACCAAACAGGCCCGGUGUCACGUUCUGGCAGCGAGUUUUAGGUAACCUUUUUUUUCCUGUGAAUUAUGCAUAGCAUGACUCUGGAUAGGGAAGACAUCUGCCACACCUUCAUGUUCGAAUUCAAAUCUAGCCACAGCCCGGCCUUGUAUACACAAACGCUCUCACGAGUUUCCCACCCUUUUCAUGCUGCGUCCUCGCCCCGGUGAGCAGUCAGCUAGCCCCAAGAUAACCCACCCCCGCAUCCGACUUGCUGUUGCUCGCCAUGCGUGCUCGCGGAGCACUUCUUCCCCCCAAAAAUACCUUUUGUACUUUAUAUCCCUAGACUUGACUGCUCCGGCGCACGCGGGAACGCGCCGAGGACACGGACUUGGGCAGGUCGGGUUUCGUCGCCAUGUGGUGAAGCCCGUCCGUCAGACUACCUUUUUUUUUCCCCUCCCUUAGUCCGGCCUCGAGACAAAGCUCUGCAUAUACACAUUGGCUCUCGCUUCGAUGCUUUGUGUUUUUAAAAACAAGAGAUACAUUUUCACGCCCGCUGCCUUCCUCU